AUGUCUGCGCAACAACAAAAAAUCCGCCGUAUGGUCGUGACAGGCGCUGUUGCUUCUGUUACCGCAAUGGGGGUAUGGUAUGGCGCAGGAUUGAAGAUGCGGAAUGAAGCUAAACAGGUGGCACAAAAACGACGCGAAACCCCACCCGAGGAGAAGAUAGCAAUAUUGGAGGAGCAGAGGGGUGAGCUGGUGGCCAAGAGGAUGGCCUUGGAGCGGAAGUUGAACCAGCUGGAUAUGAGACUGAAUGGGGCCACGAGGGAGGAGAGUAUGGCUGGCCAAGAGCGGAAAAGAUGA